UGGAAGCCUGCAUUUCUGGUUCUUGCUGAGAGGUUACUUUACUUGCUGUAUUUUUAGCUGCAGUUUAGACUAAAACAAUGUUUGGGUUUGGGAAGAAGCCUCCUGCUUCUGCAAGUGCAAGCCCUAUGCACUCUGCAGAUGAAACUCCUGCAAGGAGGACAGCUUCUGAGCCGAAGCUCAACUUUGAUGACAUGUCUGUGCAAGAGCUGGAGGAUUAUGCAGUGAACCAGGCCGAGGACACCACGAGAUCCGUCAACAACUGCCUCAAGAUCGCGGAGGACAUUAGAAAGGACGGUGCGAAGACCCUCGAGACGUUGCACCAGCAGGGGGAGCAGAUCCACAGGACUCAUGAGAUGGCUGUUGAAAUGGACCGCGAUUUGAGCAAGGGAGAGAAGUUAUUGAAUAAUCUUGGGGGAAUGUUCUCCAUGCCAUGGAAGCCAAAAAAGACUAAGGAAAUCACAGGGCCUCAGACUUCAAAAGAUGAUAACCACAGAGGAAAGAAAGGCAGUAAAGAGCAAAGGGAGAAGUUGGGGCUAAAUGCCAAGGGGAAAUCAGCACCGACCGCGCCUCCUAAUGAACCGCAGAAUGCAAUGCAGAAAGUCGAGAUGGAGAAGGCAAAGCAGGAUGAUGCACUUGAUGAUCUUAGUGACAUAUUGGGUGACUUGAAGGGAAUGGCUACUGAUAUGGGACAGGAACUUGACAGGCAAAACAAAGCUCUAGACAAUCUCGACACGGAUAUAGACGAACUGAAUUCGCGUGUCAAAGGCGCCAAUCAACGCGCUCGCCAUCUCCUCGCAAAGUGAAGUGGACUCCAUCGUCACCAUAUCGGCUUUCCUGCACACCUGAAACCUCUGCAUACAUACAUCCUCUCACCGCAUUCCUUUAGCCUUCUAGCUAGUUUUCGUCUUCUUGUAUUUCAAAAGUUCGGUUCCCAUUUUCCAUUUUUAGAUUUUGUUGUAUCUAUUGCUUGUAUAUCAUGAAUUGAUUGUUUAGCUUCAAUAAAAUGAGGAUAACUAUAAAAAAAACAAUCUUUCUAAUA